AUGGCUUCGAGAGCGAUUUUAAGAAGAAGAAGCGGUUUCAUUCAUCAAUACUCUAACGCUUCGUCGAUUUCAUCUUUUCGCUCUCCGCUACGUUCUUUCACUACAAAACCUAACACUCCUCAAUCGAACACUACCAAUGAAAUUUCACGGUACAAAGAGGAAUUAUUCAAUUUCACGGGUUUCCGUGGUGAUUUUACGAGAUUGAGAUUGAAUGAGUCCAUAGGCGUGAGGUUUUUGUCGCAGUCGACGGCAGCGGCUGCGAAGAAAGAUGAAGCGGAGAGUGAUGAUGUGGUUGGGAAGAAGCGGAAAGAAGCUUCUCCGGAGGAAUGUGAUCAGGCGGUUGAGGGUUUGACCACUGCCAAAGCGAAAGCUGCUAUGGCGAAACGGUCUCAGGAGUCGCAGAAAGUUGUGCAGAGUGUUUUGCAGCGAGUUCGGGCUUUGUUUUUGGGUAUUGGUCCGGCUUUGAGAGCUGUGGCUUCCAUGAGUAGAGAGGACUGGGCCAAAAAACUUGUUCACUGGAAAGGGGAGUUCAUAUCGACAUUGCAGCAUUACUGGUUGGGUUGCAAACUGCUGUGGGCUGAUGUGAGAAUCAGUUCCAGGUUAUUGUUGAAGCUUGCUAAUGGAAAGAAUCUCUCUAGAAGGGAGAGACAGCAACUGACACGGACUACUGCAGAUAUCUUCAGGCUAGUUCCUGUUGCAGUUUUCAUUAUUGUCCCCUUUAUGGAAUUCCUCUUGCCAGUGUUUCUCAAGGUGUUCCCCAACAUGUUACCAUCUACAUUUCAGGACAAGAUGAAAGAACAGGAAGCAUUGAAAAGGAGACUCAAGGCAAGAAUAGAGUAUGCAAGGUUCCUCCAAGAUACAGUCAAAGAAAUGGCAAAAGAAGUUCAAAACUCCCGUAGUGGAGAACUAAAAAAAACAGCUGAAGAUCUUGAUGGAUUUUUAAACAUGAUUAGAAGGGGUUCAAGUGUCUCUAAUGAGGAAAUUCUGGGCUUUGCAAAGUUGUUUAAUGAUGAGCUUACUCUAGAUAAUAUAAACAGGCCUCGAUUAGUAAAUAUGUGCAAGUACAUGGGCAUCAACCCUUUUGGCACUGAUGCAUACUUACGAUAUAUGCUGAGGAAACGUUUGCGGAGCAUUAAGGAGGAUGAUAAGUUGAUUCAAGACGAAGGUGUAGAUUCUCUUUCAGAAGCUGAACUCCGGGAAGAUUGUAGAGAGCGAGGCAUGCUUGGGUUGCUUUCUGUUGAAGAAAUGCGCCAACAGCUUCGAGAUUGGUUGGACUUAUCUUUGAAUCACUCUGUACCAUCAUCUCUUUUGAUACUUUCAAGGGCUUUUACUGUGGCUGGGAAAUUAAAACCAGAAGAAGCUGUACAGGCUACAAUUUCUUCUCUCCCUGAUGAGGUUGUAGAUACUAUACAAGUUACAUCUUUACCUUCUGAGGAUUCUGUCUCAGAAAGGCGGAGGAAAUUGGAGUUCCUUGAAAUGCAGGAAGAACGUAUUAAGGAGGAGGAAGAAAAAGAAGGUGUGGAGCCAGCAAGAGUUGAGACGGAUUCUAGUCAAGAAGAUAAGGCCUUGAACGAGAUGAAUAUUUCAACGGCAAAAGAAGCACAUCAACUUGCUAGAAACAGAGCAGUGGAAAACAAAGAGCAGCUGUGUGAAAUUAGUCGUGCAUUAGCUGUUUUAUCUUCUGCAUCGUCUGUAAGUACAGAGCGUGAGGAUUUUCUAAGGCUAGUUAAUAAAGAGAUAGAACUCUAUAACAGCAUGGUAGAAAAGGAGGGUUCAAAUGGUGAAAAAGAUGCCUUUAAGGCAUAUAAAGCUGCACAUGAGCAUGCUGAUGAGUCGGAUGAUGAUGGGGAUAAAGUGUCAUCCUCACUCAUAGGAAGAGUUGAUGCUAUGCUCCAAAAUCUUGAAAAGGAAAUAGAUGAUGUGGAUGCCAAAAUUGGCGACCGAUGGAGGCUGCUGGAUAGAGAUUAUGAUGGAAAAGUUACUCCUGAGGAAGUAGCAUCAGCUGCAAUGUACUUGAAGGAUACAUUGGGUAAAGAGGGCAUCCAAGAACUUGUCAGCAAUCUUUCCAAAGAUAAAGAUGGGAAAAUAUUAGUCGAGGACAUUGUUAAAUUGGGCAGUUGGAGAGAUGGUCAUGAAGAUGGCCAUACAGCUGAAGAUGAGAGACCAUGA